AAAAUAUCCAGUCAGUUCUCUGAGGCAAGCUUGAGAGGGGCCUUUGCAGUGGAAGCGUGAGCAGGACUUUGACCUGCAGUUGCUGGAACGGGCCAUGCAAGGGAAAAGGAAGGACAAGGAGGAGAAUGGCUGGUUGAAAGUGCAGGCCAUGCCCGUCACUGAGUUGGACCUGGAACCUCAAGACUAUGACCUGGACAUCAGCAGAGAGCUGUCCAAACCAGAGAAGGUCUCCAUCCCUGAGCGUUACGUGGAGCUGGAUCCCGAAGAGCCACCCAGCCUUGAGGAGCUGCAGGCACGGUAUCGCAAAGCCGAGAAGAUCCGCAACAUCCUCGCCCGGUCAAGCAUGUGCAACCUACAGCCAACAACAUCAGGCCAGGACAGGAGCAGCGUGGCGGACCUGGACUCGCAGCUGCAGGAGCAGGAGCGCAUCAUCAACAUCUCCUAUGCCCUGGCCUCUGAGGCCUCCCAGCGCAGCAAGCAGGUGGCAGGCAGUGCCCGACCCGUGACCCGGUGUGCAGAGGAGAAGCCUGGAGCCCCAAGGCCCAGUGGAACCAGCUUCCUCCGAGGAGAUGGACAUUUCGGCCCCCAAGGAAGCCCCUUCCAGCUAAGCAGGGCUCUGGCUGGGGCACAGAGCAGCUCACCAGCUGAGGGGUGUUCACCACAGGGCUAGGCCCUAACACACCCACUAGUUUUAGUUUUUACAUGUGACAAAGGCACUUUUGAUACACACUGUAAAAUACUGACACUAUUUUAGAAUCAGAAUAUAUUUUAUAAUGUUCACCUCAAGGGCUGGAAAGGUGAAGGUGCAGGAUUUCGUAGCCGCACAUACAGAUUCAGGUACUGUUUGGGUGACAGGUGUGGCUGGGGGAGAAGAGCAGGGGGAGCAGAGACCAAUCCAACUUCUGACAAACUCAGGUGAAAGUUGGAUUUGAGGAUGUGCUUCCAGUGGAUUCCAGCGUUAGGCCUGUUGGUGUGCUGUCCGGGAGAAGAGGGGUCCUUGGCUGCAGAGAGCAGCUGUCCCUGACCUGGUGACCAGCUCCGUGUGGAGCUCCACCAGGAUGGUGUGUGGAGCCCAUGUCUGUGCCUUGGCCCUUGGGUUUGGUUUCGGGGCAACAGUGUGUUCAGGAGCGUUGGGCUCCACAACCUGCCCACCACGUUCCCUCAGCAAAGCGUUCUUCUCAGAAAGAAAAAUGCAGUUUGCUUUAAUUAGGAAAAAAAAAAGUACACUUCGAAGUACAGAAAAGGUGAGAGGAAGCAACUUUUAUUGUAUCAUAGCAAUAAACUCCACACUGGGUGACGUCUACCUAAAAUCCCUGACUGAAUGCCUUCCUUCCAACCGGGCUGUGCUGGGAGCCUCUGCUUCCCGCCGUGGAGCUGCCCUAGGACUUGGGUCUGGUGGUGGGAGGUUAGGCAGGGCGCCCCCAGCAUCCCUGACCUUCUGCCACCAGCAGGGCCACCAUGGCAGGACUCUGGCUUGACUCCAGCCCCAAAUGAGGAGGGGGCUAUUAAGCCAGGUGCAGAGUUUGUGGCCCUUUAUUUAAGUCAUGUUCUCAUGAUAUUCUGCAUACAGAAAAUGAUGUUUAAAAGCAAACAACAACAACAAAAACC